AUGGCCAGCUCUAUCAGGCGUAUUUUCGGCUCCCUGUCUCGUGGAUAUACUGAGUCCUCCACCCAAACUACACCAGAUGGCCAAGACCCUCCUGCAUAUGCCAUGGCAAUUCAGGCAGGAGAUUCUGAACGUGCUCCAGCAACAGAGGCUGGGGAUGGUAAAAAAUUGCCAUCGUUUGACAAUAAGACAGCCAAUGACAAGAAGAACCUUGAGCUUGGCGAGACCCACGGUCGCUGUGGUUGCUCUCAACACGACAGCUGUUGUCUCGAACAUCACUCGCUGCGGCGUCCUUCAGCCUCUACUCUUGCACCAGUCCACUCACUGAUGACCUACCACCUUUCAUUCGAGCACCUGUCCUGUAUCCGCCGUAAGCUUGGCGAUGAGAUGCAGAAUACUAGGUACAUCCCUGAACUUUCUUGGAAAGACUCGGUCACCUCUACGAAGGGUGUCGACUAUGAAAUGCUGAGUGAAGUAUACACUUCCAAGGGCGAAUUCCUACAAAGACAGCAGGUCCGUCUCAGGUACGGGCGAGGUGACAGCUCACCCAACGGAGAGCAAUUCUUCGGUUGCCCACACCAGAGCGUCCGUCUGUCUUCACCAGUCAGAGACGAGCGCUCAAGCUUGAUUGAUGUUCGGGUGGACGUUUCCCAUAAUCCACCACGCUGCGCCUCUCAUACGUCGCAGAGGUGGUGUAACCUCGAGGGUCAAUAUGCGCACAUUGCCGUGUGUGCUAUUUGCCAUUCUGAUGCAGAACUCCAGCUCAAGAUGAGUACUCACUAUCUUAUCGUAGUAUACACAUGCUACAGGAGCCUGGGUACAGCUAAAGACCCUGCUGACCCCAAAUGGAACGCUCUACUCACUGGCGAGGGUCACAGAAGCCGACCAGAUAAGGAGCUUGAUUUAUACAAACAUGUUUACAAGACAGCUUUUCGCCUUUGCCGGUCGUUUCUAGAACCAGCUCGUUAUCAGACACCGAGUGGGAUGGUAGACAUGUCUAUCAGAGAUGAUUAUUAG